AAACAAACGCGGCGUUUCAUGCUCAUCCCUCUCUUUCAGUCAGUCUCACAUAGUCACAUUGUUUUCUUUGUGCUUAGUUCGCAUUUUCACAGAGAGAAAGAAAGAUGAGCAACAACCAAGCAAAAGAAGCAGAAGAUCCAAUGGGCAAAGCCACAAUCGCAGUAGAAGAUCUUUACCACAUUCAAGACACGUAUUUUCCCACAAACCCAGAUGAAAAAAUCUCCAAACUGCAAAAAGAAUCCGAUCUCGCUCUCAAUCUCCUCGAUUCCGUUCCUCAAGAACAAAGAAAAUCACCCUUGCAGCGUGCAACAUAUGAAUAUCUGAGAGGAAAGAUAUUGGAUGUAUUUCCAGACUAUCGGAAGGAAGCAGAGGAUCAUCUCUCGAAAGCUGUUAAGUUGAAUCCAUCACUUGCAGAUGCUUGGCUGUGUUUAGGCAACUGCAUUUGGAAGAAGGGAGAUCUAUCUUCGGCAAAGAACUGCUUCACUCUUGCAUUAAGCAAGGGUCCUAAUAAAAAAAUACUUUGUCAGUUGUCCAUGCUUGAAAGAAGAAUGGCUCAAGGAACUGAGAAUGAGGCAGAACUUGUCGAGGAAAGCAUUCAACAUGCUAAGGAAGCUAUUACUUUGGAUGUCAAGGAUGGGAGUUCUUGGUACAACCUUGGAAAUGCUUGCCUUACAAGCUUCUUUGUGACUGGAGCUUGGGAUCACAGCAAACUUCGGCAGUCUUCAAAAGCAUACCAAAAUGCUGAGAAAGAUGAUAGAAUGAAGUCCAAUCCAGAUCUCUAUUUUAACUGUGCUACUGUAAACAAAUAUCUAGAGAACUAUGAGAGGGCCCUUAGUGGAUUCGAAGCUGCUGCUUUAAAGGAUCCUGGUCUCAACGCUACAGAGGAGGUUCAAAAGGUGGUUAAUCUUCUUGACAAGUUGGAGAAUAUGUUGAGGGGACAUGCUAGAUCUAAACGACUUGCAUCUUUAUCAUCAUCACUGGCUGCGGUUAAUUUGAAUUCCUCAUACAAAAGAGCCACUAUAGAUCUUCUGUUAGAUGGUCUGAACAAAGCAGUAGCUGUAGUUGGAAAAGUUCUAUUCUUCAUUAAGCAUGAUAAUGUUGCUCCCCUAUACUAUCUGUUAUGUGAUCCAAAUCAAAUAUGCUUCAUUCUAUCAGUAUAUGGUAUUCACAGUGACACGAUCAAAGAAGGAGAUCAGCUAACUUUAUUGGAACCUUAUUUCCGUCAUUUUGAUUUUUCUUGGAAGGAAAAGCACUACCAGUUCAAGUCAAUUCGUAUAGAUUUCUUGGAACAAGUUCUUGUUAAUGGGAAAGCUCUUUCUUCUCGCCAAGCUGUCCGUACAUCAAUCUAUGCACAGCAUAAACCAUGAGAAGUUGAAUCAUGUAACUUGUGUGUAUAAUGCUGGUGUUUUUUUUGGUUGGUCCUGAUUCAUUUUGUGUUGUAUCAUUUGUAAAUAGUAUAGGGAUAAAAUAUUUAAAGAAAAAAAUGAGAGAAUUUUUUGCCCCAAGUCAAAUGGACAACAGAAAACAGUGCAUUGCUGCAUUAUGUUGGGAGUUGCACAUAGAUGAAUAUUGUUCAUGGUUACUAGUUGGUGUUCUUUCAAAUGCUUGAGUGGUUUCUGUGGAAAGCCUCUGAUUUUGUAUUUGCCAAGUAUUCAUUUAAAAUUUCGUGACACUUUAUCUUUUUUUACUCUA